ACUAGACCAGCCGGCGGCCACGUCUCGUCUCGGCCCCUUGGCCCCUUUUAUUUUUGGAACGCCGUUGAAAACCGCACCCCACAAGUGUGAAGAUUCCUUUUCUUGCUCCUCUUUCUUUCCUCUCAAUCGCGCGACAUGGCUCUGGAGGAAGACAAAGACAUUUUAUCCGAUAUUUGCGUGUAAAAUGAGCAAUUCUGCAUAUUGAUUUUAUAAUUAUUAUAUUAUAAAGAGAGUGCUUUCUCUCAGAAAGCAAAUACCUCAGAGUAUUCCAAAUAAAAUAAAAACCGAUGAAACAAAGUGAUCCCUCCAAUAAAAUUUUUGAUUGGACAAACCUGAAUCUUUCUCUUUUGCUACUAAUAUUUUUCAGAUUUUUAUUAUUUUGGUGUAUUAAUUUUUUUUAUUUUAUUAUUUCAUUUUAAUAAUGAAGCACAAAUCGAUAAUCUGCAGCUUUAUUUUCGACAUAAUUAGAAUUAUCAUCAAUUUUAUAAUCGUAUGUUUACGUCAAGCACUCCACGCUAUCGCAAAGAAAUCCGAUUUAAAUAAAAAAUAGAUUUAAAGUUUUGUCGAUAGGAGAAAGUCAAGUUGAUCUCUGAUUAAUUUCCGCAAGAAGUAGCACGACGUACUAUUAAAAUUUAAUUGUUUUAAGAUUAAUUAAUUGCAGCGUUUCACAUAAAGUAUUAACUAUGCAAUUUUACUAAAAACAAUUUAGUUUUCCUUAAAAGAACAUGCACGAAUACAAAGCUUACUAAGCAAUUUACUCGAGAUUUCAUUCCACUGACCUGCUUCAGAAACGUUCAAGAUUCUUGAAACAUCAUUGCAUUACGGAGACGUAAUCGCAGGGUCAAAGAUCGCCAAACGAAAACAGAGAAUUCUUCCAUAUCGGUUCAAGGAGGCUCUCAGACGAAGGUUCGCAUCGCAGCUGGUGGUCAUAUCGACAAAGAGAAGUCCCUGCUUCUCUUAAUCGCGUGCGAUUAGUUUCACACAAAGAUAAAAUUCGUAGUAAAAAAUUGGUAAUAUAUUUUAAAUGAUCAAGAUUGCCUAGUGUACAUAUGAGAAGAAUUUAGAAGAUUAAUCGCCGGUAAAAUUGAAGCAAAAUAUGCAGAUCAAGGAUAAACGCGUUAUAGUGAUUGGAGCAGCGAGCAGCUUGGGUCUGGCGUUUAGCAGAGAACUACUGCGAAAUGGUGCCUCGAUGAUAGUUAUGAUCGAUAUCCGGCAAUCCCUUGGACAACAGGCUGAGCAAACUUUCAACAGCGAUUUCGGCCGGAAACGUGCCGUCUUCCUUCACUGCGACGUGACGAAUAAUUCCGAAUUCGAUGCCACAUUAAAAGAGGCCAUCAACAUUCUCGGUGGGCUGGACAUUGUAAUAAAUAAUGCAAGUGUGAUAAAUGAAACUGACUUCUCCAGAACCAUCGAUGUUAAUGUGACAGCCCUAAUUCGCGGGACUAUUCUGGGAAUUCAACAAAUGCGAAAAGACUCUGGAGGCAAGGGUGGUGUCGUCGUAAACAUUUCGUCUAUUGCCGGUUUGCGGGCAGUACCUGAACUCCCAGUGUAUUCAACUACAAAGCAUGCCGUAGUUAGCUUCAGCCGCUCUUUUGCACAACCUUAUCACUACGAGAGAACCAAUGUAAAAGUAAUCGUUCUAUGUCCUGGUUUGGCCGACACGUCAGUUCUUGAAGAUCUGCCGCAGGGUAUUUCGAACAUUGACAUUUUGCAGAAUUAUCAACCUCAAAGAGUGGAAACUAUCGCUCACGGAUUAGUAUACGUAAUUCGAUGUGCGCAAAAUGGCAGUGUAUGGAUCAGCGAAGACGGAAAACCGGUUUAUGAGGUGCAGCUUCCCGACACUUUGCCGCAGAAAAGCGAAAUCGAACUGAAGGAAAACUAUAAAAAUGAUAGAAAGAUCUUCGAGCGUUCACGCGCAUAUCCACCCAUGAGACCACUUCGUCGUCGUUCCUCAGCAUCCGAAAGAGCAAAAGAGAUAGAAGCGAUCAACUGUAUUGUUUCCGGAAAAAAUGUUCUGAUUACCGGCGGUGCGGCAGGACUUGGUUACGCUUUCCUCAAUCACUUCCUCAAACAUGGAGCAAAUAAAAUAGUUAUAUUGGACAUCGACGCUGAGGCUGGCAAGCGGAUCGCACUCGGCAUCGAAAAAUCUUGCGGCGAGAAGAAGGUGCACUUCAUACACACCGACGUAUCUAAUCACAAACAAGUGACUGAGGCUUUCAAGAAGACGUCAGCGUUGUUAGAGACUAUUGACAUCGUGGUGAACAACGCUGGAAUUUUAGAUGAGCGAAGAUGGGAAAAGGAAAUCGCGGUGAACAUCAGUGGCAUGGUCAGCACCGCGAUGUUAGCUAUGCAGCACAUGAGAAGAGAUACGGGUGGUCACGGUGGUAUCUUGGUAAAUGUCGGGCAACACAUGGAUAUACGAAACACAGCUCAGCUUCCAGUUUACACGGCCACGAAACACGCCAUCAUCGGUCUAUCGCAGUCUCUUUCGGAUCCUUAUCAUUACGAGAAGACCGGCGUUACCGUGAUAACUUUAUGCGCUGGACUGACGGAAACCAGCAUGACGGUAGAUAGUCCUAAUAAGCUGCUCUCAAGGGUCAUGAAAGCGGAUUUCGUAAAAACUCUUGAACAGUUCUCGAUACAAACGCCUUACGUAGUCGCGCAGGGUCUAAUGACGAUCUUGAGGAUCGGCGAGUCCGGCAGUAUCUGGGUCAUCGAGAGCGGCCGAGCGCCUUACGAAGUUUACGUGCCGAAUCCGCGUACUCUGCGCCGUCACUACAAGAACAACUUCACGCACGUCGACACUAAGGUCGUGGGAGGUCGCGCGAUAAGGGAGGUCUGCGACAGUACGAGGACGGGCUUGAUGAGCUGCGCCUGAGGAGGCUCACUGAUAAUCGGCAGGCGUCCGACCGUGAUCUUUCGCUGCGCUUUGGCACGAAAAAACGUCUCGUCGCGCAAGUCCACAUGGAACGUCAUCGCUCGCAGACAUCCCACGAUAUAACCGGAAGCGCGAAAGAGGGACGAGAUGCAGUCGAGGCGAAGAGCUGCGACGUAUCGUGGAGAAACCAUUCCUGCAAUUAUCCUCCACUGAUUUCGUAACCGAGAAGUAGCGCAUUUUUUGCCAUCUGGAUGUUACUCGCUGGUUCCGUCAAAGCAGCCUCAAACAUCAUGCGUAUAUACGUUCGAUUUCACUAUUUCUAGUUGAGUCGCCAGAUUGUAUAAAAUGCCUGUGAUAAAAAUAGUUUUGUAAUAAAUAUUCUGAAAAGAUA